AAAAGCUUUGGAAGAUUUGCGAGCUUCUAUAUUUAACAAAUUCCGUCCAUCUGAAAGUGCAAAAACUCAACAGCAAAGAAUUUGGGGUCCUGUUUCAGCUCUCACAUUCAAUUUUAUGGUUGCUGUUGGUAUUAUUUUCAUGAACAAAUGGGUUCUUAAAAAUGUUGGGUUCUAGUUCCCAGUAUUUCUUACUUUUAUUCACUAUUUAAUGAAAUUUGAGUAUAAAAGUAUAAAACCGCGUGGAAGAAGUAAUCUGUUUUAAAAAAGAAAACUUCAUAAAAAUUGUAGUGGGAUUCGGUUCAUUUUGAUAUAGAAUUCUGGUAAAUUGAGCUGUCCGUUUGUGAUGUUCGGCUUAUAACUAAAAGAACAAUUUUUUGGAAGAAACCAUUAGACUCUGAUUUUCUCGCUUUUGAAAGGUCUAUUAUUGGUAGACAUGUAUGGUUCCUCUAAAUUUGAGACAGAAAGCAGUAAUCCCCCUUCCCCUCCUGAAUCAGGUUAUGGUUCCUUUAGGGGGGUUUGCUGACUUAUAUGUUUCUGCUGCUGAUUAUAUUGGAUUAGUUUACUUCUGUGGUCAUUUACCUGAUAAAUUUUAUUCUUUUUCCGUUUUUUUUUUUUUUUUUAAUUGAAGAUUGAAGGUGUUUCAAGUGACUUUCCUUUCAAAAUAGAAGACCAACCUGGAUUUCAAGCUAUAACAUUGGCAAGAGAGUACAAUGGUGAAACCAUUAAAGUUGAAGUUAACAUGCCCGAUCUUGUUAAUGGUGAAGAAAAUGAGGAUGUGGAUGACGAUGACAGUGGAAAGGCCUACCAAUCUAGCCUCCCUUUGGUUGUUACUGUCUCUAAGAACAGUGGACUGAGUUUGGAGUUUAGCUGCGUCGCUUUCGCUGAUGAGAUUUCCAUUGAUGGCUUGGCCAUUAGAAAUCCCAAUACUGAGGAUCAAGUUGUUUAUGAGGGGCCUGACUUCCAGGAUUUGGAUGUAAAUCUGCAGAAGUCUUUCCACAAAUACUUGGAGAUUAGAGGAAUAAAGCCGAGCACUACCAAUUUCUUGCACGAGUACAUGAUCAACAAAGAUAGGCAGGAGCA